CAAAUAAUAGAAUUUAAAACUCCUAUUUGUUGAAAUAAAUAAAAUUAAUAUUCAAGCAUUUUGAAUAAAACCAAUGUUACACAGAAAGGUGUAAUCAGAUCUGGCGCGUAUCUUGAAGAAAAUUGUUUUAAUUUUAGAAUAUUUUGGGACAAAUCAAUUCUUGUCAAUUUUUUUCUAAAAACUAAAAUGAAAACGUUAUUUGAUUUCACAACAAUACAAUCAUUUGUAUAUAAGAAUGGUUACCAUUUGGAGAUAUUAUGUUUGAGCUUGUAAGGAAUAAAUUGAUUGGAUAAUUGAACAUUUUGCUUGAAAUUUUGAUACACCCUGUGCAUUACCCGAGUCUGUAUUUAAUACAUACUACAAUAAACUGUACUGAAGUUGUAAGUAUACAAUUCUGAUAAGAAAGUAGUAUUUGAAAUAUAGCAUACCAAUGAUAUACUUUAAGUUAUAACAUUGUUAAACAACUUACUUUGAUCAAUUCAUAUCAUUGGUGGUAACAUCAUAAAGUUCAUUCAAACUUUUAUUUAAUUUUUUCCUAUACUUUUGAGUUAUGUACUGAUUAUUUAGACUCGCUAAAUAUUACAUUGUCAUAAACUACAAAUUAAAGUAUACAAAAUGUCAUGAGUUAAAAUUUCUCUGAAAGAACAGCAGGCCUAUAUUAAAGUACAAAACCCUAAUGUCUGUGUAGAAUACCAUAGACAAACGUUUGAAAAUCGUCCUUCCAACACCCACCAAAAGACUUCCGAUUGGUUAUAAUUUAACCUUGAACCACCAUCUCUCUUUUGAUUGGUUAAUCAUACACCCACUCUCUCAACUGAGUGACUUCUACAGGGUAUAUAAGUCAGGUGAUAAGGUAGUAACCAGUAGAGCGAAAAAUCUCAAAAUGGCUAUGGCAAAUUCUUCAAUCGUGAAAAGUUUCGAAUUAACACCUGAAUUGUUGUUUGAUAUAUGUUCACAUAAUAUCUAUGGCGUUUAUGGUGAAUUUAAAAGGACAGGAUUUUCAAUUCAAAAGAAUAAAGAAUAUGGAAUACAUUCGUUCGUGAGUAAAGAUCUGUACGUACAAAUUAAGAAAAACAUAGUCACCUUGGAUCUAUGGAUACAGAAUAAAACUUUUACAAAGAGUAUGAUACUGUCCAGAAAUGUUUUAUUAAAACUACGUAAACCACAGAAUGAUACUGAUGAAGUUACAAUACAGCUUAUGUAUCUUGACAAAGACAGGAAAACCAUCGAUGAACUUAAGUCUCUCGAACUAACAUACUCGAUAUGGUCGAAAUUCAUUGGUCUUCAAGCUGAAAUUGAUCCAUAUUUGAAAAGUAAAAAGCGAAAAAUCUCUAUGACGAAUACUGAUGAUGAUGAUCAAACGUUGACAUGUUUUCGAUUAGUGAAAACUAAUCAGAGCGCAAACAUAGCCUUUGAAUGGACUCUUACGUUUGAACAAUCUCUGAUGAAAAUGGAUGCAGAACUAAGCAAGGGAACUGAUUGCACUAAACUGUUGAUUGAACAAAAAAAGAUCCUCGUACCAACUUGUGAUGAAAUCCUGAAAUACGCUUAUAUAUUUUUGUUGAAUAAAGAAAUAUUGCGUCUCAAAGGAGCUUGCGUUCAGUGUCAAACCAACUCAGCAAAUCAACACGAAUGCGUCACGGAACCUUACUUCUUCAUAGCUGCAGACAACAUCCUUAAUAUCGAAAUAAAAAAAGUUUCAAAACGCCUGGCUUCAUUUUUGAAUAUAACUUUCACUGAGGAGAUGUACGACGCAGUCCACAAAAUUACAGGAAGUACGUACGAAGUCGAUAUAGCCCCGUGCAUAGAGUCGAAUCAAAUGAUCAUGGACAUUCUUCAAUGCAUUUGGUGAUUUCAUCUGUAUAUAACAGCAGCGGUGACAUUUAAAACCUGAAAUGAAGUGUAUAUUUUCAAACUGUUCCUAUUAAACGACAUUUAAUCAUACGAACAAACAAACAAACAAGCAAACAAAAACAAAAAAAAUCAUACUGUAUUAUUCUAUAUUAAGAGACAAAGACAAAGUGUAACUGAAUUACGCACGUUCGAAAAAAUCGGAAAAAAUAGAAUUGUGCGAAUUUGUAAAUAUAGCAAUACUACUACUACUUUUUCACAAGUACAUAUACAUGUAUGUAUAUGUAUGUAUGUAUGUAUCAUUCAAUCAACUCUAACUAUUGUAAGAUUCCCUCAAAAAGAUAAAACAUUUCACGUGCGCUUUAUAUUGAUUGAAUGAAAUGGGUAAGAGGUGUUUAAAGAAUAACAU